UUCCGAUCCUCACAAAUCCAGCCAAAAACAAAAGAUUUAUUAAUCCCUCUUAUCCUUUCUCAGGGUUGAAUUGCCAGUUUAACCAUGGGUUUUUCAAAGAGAGGUGCGGCUGAGAUUGUUUUGGCGGUGACGGCUGUUGUUGCCUUGUUGCAGUUCUCCCAUGCAGCUGUUUACAAGGUUGGAGACAGUGCUGGUUGGACCUCCAUUGGCAACCUUGACUACAAACAAUGGUCUGCUAUUAAAACCUUCCAAGUUGGUGACAUUAUUCGUUUUGAGUACAAUGCUCAGUUUCACAACGUGAUGCGAGUAACCCAUCCUAUGUACAAAGCCUGCAAUGCCUCAGCCCCUUUGGCUACCUACACUACUGGCAAUGACACCAUCAACAUUACCACUAAAGGUCACCACUAUUUCAUCUGUGGUGCUCCUGGACAUUGUCAAGCUGGUCAGAAAGUCGACAUCAACGUGCUUCGCACAUCUGAAACAGCUCCAACUACGGCUCCCGAGGGAUCAACAGCCGCUUCAGUUCCAUCUGCCGGUAGUCCUGCGCCUUCGCCAAGCAGCGGUAUCUCCUUGAGAGCUUCCAAGGGGAGUCUAAUCACUAAGCUUUGUUUAGCAAUGGCUGGUUUUGCAGUUUUUGUAUCCGGUUUUUAUUGAACAAAAUUUUAGAUUGAUUUUUGUUGUAUGUGGAAUGGUUGAUAUACUUCUAUAAUGUCAUUGGUUACACUUCAGAGAGAGACAUGUAUUUCUCAUGGAAUAAUAUUUGUUAUGUUGCUAA